ACAUUUGUUCUGGACGGGGAGGCUUCGCCGAUGUCGACUGGCUGUAUGUCGUAACACUUUGUACUUGCCUUUAAAUCGGAUAUAAAAUCUUGAAGAGUAUUUUUUUUCUUUUAAACGAGCAGGCGAAAAUCUAUUUUGGUUUGCAUUCUACCGAUGAUUUAGUAAAGUUUAAUAAAGUGGAUUUGUUUUAGAAGGAAAUAAGAGCCGUUGGAACCGUUUGUGGAUGCGUGCACACUCGGUCUGAAUAAGCACUCAAGAUCACAGCUGCAGGCCAUUUACUGAUGGGUACAUACUGUGAGGCUACACACCAAACGACCUGUGAUUUAUUGAGAAAAGGUUCAAACUGUGAAAGAAUGAAGACAAGUUAGAUAUUUUUGUCUCUGUUAAACCUUUGGCUGUAGUUUUUGUUGGAAUCAGCAAAUGAGUACUUGGACUAAACACAUAACCAGAGAAACCUGAAAACUAAUAUAACAAAUUGAAGCUUAUCUUUGAGAAAAACACAUUGAACCAAAGUGAUCAAUAUGAGUGCCGAAGGAUAUCAGUACAGAGCGCUUUAUGACUACAAAAAGGAGAGAGAGGAGGACAUUGAUCUGCAUGUGGGGGAUAUACUUUUGGUAAGCAAAGGAACUCUGGUGGCUCUUGGGUACACUGAUGGUCUAGAGCAGCGGCCAGAUGACAUUGGCUGGCUACCAGGCUUUAAUGAAACCACUCAGGAAAAAGGGGACUUCCCUGGGACAUAUGUUGAGUACAUUGGGAAGAAAUGGAUCUCUCCCCCUACACCGAAGCCAAGGCCCCUCAGACCCUUACCAGUAGCUCCGGGCUCCUUCAAGGCAGAGGCAGACUCUGACUCAGAACAAGGAUUCUCUUUGCCCGACUUGACGGAGCAAUUUUCCCUUCCUGAGACCGCUCCACCCAUGCUGACCAGACUGUUGGAAGCUAUUGAGAGGAAAGGUCUGGAUAACCCCACUCUAUAUCGAACAUUUACUGCUGGUGCUGGACUUGAAGUCAGACAGUAUUUUGAUAGUGAUCCUCCCCCAACAGACCUGGAUCAGCUGGAACUUCCAGUCCUCUGUGAUGGUCUACGUAGGUACCUGCAGGAUCUGCCCCAGCCCAUCAUACCCACUGCAAUACAAGCUCAGAUGGUCCUAACUGCUAAAGAGGUGGUGAACCCUGAGGAAUGUGCCCAGCUGCUACGUCGCAUCGCCGGCACCCCAAGCCUCCCUCCACAAUACUGGCUAACUCUCCAUUGUCUGCUCAGGCAUUUUGCUAGAGUGUGCCAGAACGGCUCCAAGAACUUGCUUAGUGCCAGAUCUCUGGGUGAGAUCUUCAGCCCUGUGUUUUUCAGACAGCAACCCACCAGUUGUGAACCAAGUCUGGAUGCUUUCAUCAAGAUCAUUGAGGUUCUGGUGACCAGUGAGUGGAGUGAAAGCCAAGCUGCUCCAGCUCUACCUCCAAAGCCACCUAAACCCACGUCUGUGAUUAACAACGGUAUGAACAACAACAUGGCUCUGCAGGACGCUGAAUGGUACUGGGGAGACAUCUCCCGGGAGGAGGUCAAUGAAAAACUGCGGGACACUGCAGACGGUACAUUUUUGGUGCGAGACGCCUCUACGAAAAUGCACGGAGACUACACUCUGACUUUGAGGAAAGGAGGAAACAACAAACUUAUUAAGAUAUUUCAUCGGGAUGGGACGUAUGGCUUCUCAGACCCGCUGACCUUCAGCUCUGUUGUUGAGCUCAUCAACCACUAUCGCAAUGAGUCACUGGCUCAGUACAACCCUAAGCUAGACGUCAAGCUGCUGUAUCCCAUCUCCAAACACCAGCAGGAUCAGGUGGUGAAAGAGGACAACAUUGAAGCAGUGGGGAGGAAGCUUUGUGAAUACCACCAGCAAUACCAAGAGAAGAACAAAGAGUACGACCGUCUCUAUGAAGAAUACACCAGAACUUCACAGGAAAUCCAAAUGAAACGCACAGCGAUAGAAGCUUUUAAUGAAACAAUAAAGAUAUUUCAGGAGCAAUGUCAAACACAAGAGCGGUACAGCAAAGAAUAUAUAGAGAAAUUUAGGAGAGAAGGCAACGACAAGGAGAUCCAGAGAAUCAUGGGUAACUAUGAGAAGUUGAAAUCACGGAUUAGUGAAAUUAUAGACAGCAAGCGCAGACUGGAGGAAGAUCUGAAGAAACAGGCAGCAGAUUACAGAGAGAUCGACAAGAGGAUGAACAGUAUCAAGCCCGACCUCAUCCAGCUCCGCAAGACCAGAGACCAGUACCUCGUAUGGCUGACCCAGAAGGGAGUCAGACAGAAAAAACUCAACGAGUGGCUGGAAACCCAGAAAGACAACACAGAGGAUCAGUACUCUAUGGUGGAUGAUGAUGAAGACCUUCCUCAUCAUGAUGAGCGGACCUGGAAUCUGGGGAAAAUCGAACGACAGCAGGCCGAGGCUCUCCUCCAGAACAAGAGAGAUGGAACAUUCCUGGUUCGGGACAGCAGCAAAGCAGGAUGCUAUGCCUGCAGUGUUGUGGUGGAGGGUGAGGUGAAGCACUGCGUCAUCAACAAGACCCCCUCAGGCUAUGGCUUCGCGGAGCCAUAUAACCUGUACAGCUCAUUAAAAGAACUCGUACUUCAUUACCAGCACACGUCUUUGGUCCAGCACAAUGACUCUCUGAAUGUGACGCUAGCAUACCCCCUUUAUGCUCAGCAGAGACGGUGAAGGACCUGGAUGUAUCCAUUUGGGCUCAAACAUUUAAGGACACAGGAGCUGGCGACACGUUGUGAACUUUGAUUUAAAAACAAGAUAAAAAGCAACGCUCCGAUGUCUGCCAUGGACUUGAAAAGACAAAAUAAAGCCUGAGACAUUUCAGUGACUUUGCCUGACCACAAGCCUGAGGCGAGUCUGAAUGUAUCUUUCUUUUUGCUUUUUUUUGUGGGAGCACAGAAUCAAGCGGAAACUGCUGAACUCCCCCAGCGGAGGACAUAUGAGGCCUUUUCCUUAUGGUGCUUGUUCUUUUUUGAAGCUUUACCCGCUGAAUGUUAACUAGCAGCAGACAGACUCUUUAAACAAACUCACCGGCUACAAUUUCUCAUUUUCUUUGUUUGUUUUUACACUUUUUGUUUUUUUCCUUUCACGUCAUCAGUGUGUGUUUCAUGUAUGUGACUGUGAGCGUGACUGUCCAUGUGACCAAAACUCAUCAGGAAACUAUGUGACGUUGGAAAAAUGUAGCAAAAUGGCACUUUUUAAAAACACAUUUUUAAUUUUUCUUUAUGAAAAAAACUAUGGACUUCUAUGAGAAGAGCAGAGAGGAAGUGGCGUCUGUCUGCAUCUUGCUUGCAUCUUCCUGUUGAGCGUCACAGUACAGAAGCAAGCUUGAUCUUGACUGUGGGAAGGUGAAACUAUGAAUGGACUUACUAUUUCAUGUACAUAUGUGAAAUUGUGCAGUCAUAAAUCAAAGUGCACCGUACCAAAAAGGAUCAGUUCUUGGUUAGUUAUCUGAUCUUCUAUGCAAUUCUUUCUCCAUUUUUACUUAAAAAUUGUUUUACUCUGUUGCAACCCACAAUAUAAGCUUGUUUUAUUGCUUGAAAAGUAUCUUUUCCUGUGUAAAUAUCCAAGAGGAUAUUUUGUGUCAAAAUGCCAAGGUAAAAAUGCUUAUGAUUUUUAAAGAUAAUAGAAACAAACACUUUAUUAUAAAUGACUUUAACAGCUGGUAUAAAAAAGAUGGAAAAGAUAAGUAUUUUAUUAGUCUUUUUUUUUUCUUUUCGCUUCAAACUAAUCUUUUUCUCAGGCAGAGCCUUUUGAGCAUUUGAGCUGCUUCUAUCAUGAGAACUUUUACCGACAGAGUUGAGCCAACAUGCAGUUCUUUGUUCGAGCACUCAGAAUGGGAUGAUGGGAUAGGACAACCCAAAUCGCCACCACAAACAGCAGUAUAGAUUUAUUUUGUUACAAAAUAUGUAUGUUCCCAUGUAAAAAUAUAAGAUCAAUAGACAUUUUCCACUUAGUAUUUUUCUGUAUCAGAAAAUCACUGUGUUUACAUGGGUGGAUCGGCUCAUUUCAGAAAGAAAUUUCAUAUUCUGAAGGACGACACGCACCAGUGGAGUCUUUAUUAGACUACAUUUUCCUUCCACAUCUUUAGGUUAGCUUUAACAAAUCUAUUUUAAAUGGUACUCGUGCAAGACCCAAUGGACUAGAUUUAUUUUUUAGUGUCAGAUGGGAAAAAUGUCAUAUUGGAUUACUUGUAUGAACAAAUCUACCAUUUGGGAUAUAUUUUGGAAUCCCCACCCUUAGCAUACACAGAUGGUCAUUACAGACAGUUAAAUCUGCGUGUAAGCAUAACUAACAGAUGAUUGUUUCCUUUGACAUGUAAGAGUAGACUGGGAAUUACCAGCCUAUAUCUUUCGCACAACUACUACUCUCGGAGAAAGCAGCUGCAUAAGUAAAUUCAGUUUUCAGUUUUCAGUUUGUGCAUUUACAUUUCUGAAAGUCAGAACUGCUUAAACUAUGGUACACACAGCUGAUGUCAAGUAUAACAUGUUUUUGAUGUAUUCGACCAAAUCCAAAAUGUAAUUAAACGCACACUAAGAACUCAUUUAUCUGGGUUCUAUUGGAAUUUCUUUUGUUUUUUGGUCAAAUUUGACAUUUUGCUAGAAGUUUAAUUUUAUUUACCUCCCCAACAGCUGCUGGCACAAACCUUUUUUUGUCCCUUGUUUGCUGUUCCCUGUUUUUAAAAUUAUUAGACAACAUGCACCAUAAUCUUUACCCCAGUUCUGGGGUGUAUGGUUUAUUUUAGUUGUCUUAUUUUUUAUUUGAAGCUACUUUCUCUUUGUUGUUGGAUUCCUUCACACGAUGAUUGGAUUGAGAUUUAACAGUGUUCCCCAGUUUGGCUUCAAAUCUGUAUUGGGCUUUGUUAAAAAUAAAAUAAAACACUUCUUUUUAAGAAA